AUGGAACGCCACUCCCUCUAUUCCCUAGCCAACGCUCUGGGUCCUCUGAAACUCGAUAAUGACUCCUCCUCAACCGCUCAAAUUCUUCCAAAAAUCAAAACUGAGAAAUUCGAGGAGGAAGAAGAGGAUGAAGAUAAUGAGAAUCUGAGUGAUGAUUAUGAAGAAAUGAAGGAAGAUCAAGAUGAGUGUCGAUCGAAAAAGCGGAAAGAGAAGCCUCCAUAUUCUUAUAUUGCACUGAUUGCAAUGGCUAUUUCGAAACGCCCGGAUAAGAAGGCGACACUAGCUGAAAUCUAUAGCUAUCUCCAGGAAAACUAUGAGUUUUUCCGUGGAACCUAUGCUGGAUGGAGGAAUUCAAUCCGUCACAAUCUCAGUUUAAAUGAGUGUUUUGUGAAGUUGCCCAAGGACACGGGAGAAAGCUAUCGCGGUCGAAAAGGUCACAAAUGGACCAUCAGUGACUCUUGUGAAUUCAUGCUCGAGGAGAACGGAUUCCGUCGUCGCCCACGUGGAUACAAAGCGAGGAAGAGAACUCAUUUCUCCGGUUCCACUGAUGGAAAUGAGAUGGCUUCGAUUGGUGGGGGAGCGGUCUACGACUACCCUUGCUCCACCACUGACUACACCGAUUCCAAUGGAUCCUCGAUUUCGAAUGAGGUGAAGAGUGCUAUGAUUGGGGAUGAUUGUGGAUCGACUAUCUCUGAUCAGUUGGUAUCUUCAACCACUUCUAUUACAUUGCCUCCUUUAACUGGCCCCGAUCAUUCCCCAAUUUAUCCAACACCUUCUCCGUAUUUUGGAUAUGGAUCUGCUGAUUUUCCGAUGCAAUGGGCUUCACCAACAUACGACUGGCCGUACUACGCGACCCCUCAAAUUGGAUUGUGUUCCUCGGACUUCAAUGGAAUUACUCCAUCUCCUACGAUCACGCCUCAUGUUACUCCUCAAGUUUCGCCAUAUUUCUACCCACCUGCGGUACUUGGCACAUCGAGUUUUAUGGAUGAUUGGCGCUUCGGCGUUUCUUCUUCUUCCAUGCCUUCUGGAGUUUAUGCGACGUCUUCAUCAUUCCUCUCUAGUGAAUCGUCAGAUAUUGAUGUCAUCACUGUUCAGCAACCCUCUGAUUGA